AUGUUCUUUUUCCCAGAUUUUAUACCAAAUCCUGUGCAAUAUCUAAUCACUGUUUCGGGGAUUUUAGUCUGUGGAGGUGCUGCAUUACUGUACAUAUUUCAAUGCGAAUUGAUCUAUGCAGCGAAUUUUCCACCGGGUUCCCGACAACAGGUUUCAAAACCAACCGAUCAUGGAAUAUACAAAUACGAGGACGUUACUUUAACAACCAAAGAUAACGUUAAUAUUCGUGCAUACGUAUGCCGACAAGUUCCUGAAGCUACUGCUAGGAUAUCACCAACUAUACUAUUUUUCCAUGCGAAUGCUGGAAAUAUGGGUCAUAGACUUCCAAUAGCCAAGAAGUUUUACAUAAAAUAUAAAUGUAAUGUAGUCUUGCUUUCAUAUCGAGGAUAUGGAUUAAGUGAAGGCAAAGCGAAUGAAAAAGGAAUUCAAAUAGAUGCCCAGUGCAUCUUGGAUCAUAUACGGAAUCAUGAUGUGUUAAAAGACACCAAAAUUAUCGUGUAUGGACAAUCUGUUGGCGGUGCAGUGGCGAUUUAUUUAGUAUCAAGGAAUGAGAGUGAUAUUAGCGGUCUUAUUGUGGAAAAUACAUUUUUGAGUAUUCCAAAGUUAAUACCACACGUAUUACCACAACUAAAACACUUUACAUUUCUCUGUCAUCAAAAUUGGCCAUCUGAAAUAGCGAUCCGACAAAUAGUAAAUACACCGAUAUUAUUUCUGACAGGAGCUAAAGACGAAUUGGUUCCCCCGGAACAUAUGCGCCAACUGUAUGAAUUAGCAGAAACUCGAGGGGGUAAAGUAUGGAAAGAAUUUGUUAAUGGCACUCAUAAUGACACGGUGAUCCAACCGGGUUAUUUUGAAACGAUAGGAGAGUUCAUAGAGAAUAGAGUGAUGUCGUUUGCAAUGAUAAAAGAAAAGGCUGAAAAUGAUGAGAAGUAA